AUGAACUUAGAAGUGAUUCACAAUCAAGGGAGAAGAAUAAUCCAGAUUAAUAGCGGAACAUCACAACAUGAUUGGCAACAUUCUCAUAUGAACGAAUGUGAAAGCUCAUGUAUAAUCAAGAUAAUUAGCUCAAAAGCUUCAUUUAUUUUUCUUACAGCUAGAGCUCAUAAACAUUUCAUUAUCAAUUCUAAUGUUUUUUUAAUUACUUUUCCGUUUUCUUCGAUGUCGAUGUUGAACAAAAAAAAAGAAGGCAAAGAAGGCAAAGAAGACAUUUUUAGACUUGUAGACUUCAUACACUUCUCGUCAUCUGACGGUGAAAAAAGAAAAACUUCACAAUCUUGUUUAUGCACGAACAAUUAUUGA